CAAUGACGUCUGCGCAAUGUUCACAUACACGGUAUAUCCGUGGGCUACGGGUAUUGGCUUAAUUCAGGUUUAAAAAGCAGGGAAAAUAGCUAAAGCUUGAUGUAACUCAGUGGACCACAAGUGAAUCAGUUUUUGAAUAAUCAGUUCUCCUUUAUAUACAUUGUAAAGUCAGAUACACCUGGACGAAAAGACCUGAAAUGAAUUGUUCAUCGUUUGUUGCUUCAAUCGAAGGGCUAAGGCUUUCUGUUGAACAGCAAAACUAUGGGGAUGAUAGACUAUUAUCCGAUGUAGAAAAAAUAACGUCAACAGUUAAUUCCGAAUGGAUGAAACGAAUGGUUUCGGCAACAAAUGCUGAUGAUUUUAAGAAAUAUGGAAGCUUUGAAAAGGUUACCCAAGCUGCUGUUAAAAUGUGGAAUACCACGGUUGCUAAACAUGCCGGCAGACUUCUUAGCGACAAAAACAAUGCGAUACUUCGUCAAAUGUGUUACGAUUUGCUAUCAUGCGGAAAGAUAAAUGGUGGAGAUAAAAAUGAAAUCAGGCGCGGUAUAAUGAUGGGGAUGAAAGUAGGCAAAGCAUGGAUGGAUGUUGGAGAUCUUGAUAAGUCAUCAGAUGUUUUGACAGACACAAAGAAAAAUAUAGAUUUGUUGAUAGAUACAAUAUCCAAAGAAGGUCCCACAGAUUGGUACAUCGAGGACAAAAUGAGCCUUCAGCAGGAUUUAUUCACAGUUUAUUGUUUGAUGAGCGAAAUAGCAAAUGUACGUGGAAUUCAAGACGAUUCUUUCAAAUACAUCGAAAAAGCUACUAAUUUACCUAUAUUAUCUGGUAACAUGGGAGACCGUGAAGGAAAAUUUCAGAACGAAUGGGAAAAGUUGUGUGCUUUGACAUAUAACUUUGGUGUACGAGCUGCCAAUGAACAAAGAUUCGAUGACGCUGUACGCUGGUUGAGCAAGAGCUUUGAAGCUGGGAAAAACAAGAAAAAUAUAAGACAUUCAGUUCUGGCGAAAGUAUUGCGACUUCUGGCACACGUGUAUUCCGAGUUGCGAACAGAGGAUGGCGAUAAAAAAGCGUUAAAUGCAUCGGAGCUUGCAAAUGGAUAUGUCAGUCAUCCGUCCGGAUUACAUAUAAGUAAACCAAAUGGUUCUAUCACACGACGCCAUGGAUCCGAUGAUCGAUCGAACAACUUCGGAACGAAGGACAAGUUCACCAAUUGGAAUUCCAAACGCAAAGUUGUCUACACUCACGCGGACUCAUCAAAACAUUCUUGAAACUUCCGAAUCUCAAGAAAACUCUCCGUCAUCUUAUCCACCUUCUGCUAUUCCGACAGUGAGCACUUCU